CUAUCCUUUCUAUAUUUAUUUCAUUUUGCGACAGUUUGAAGAUGGCGCUAAUAUUUCCCACAUUUUUAUCUUUGUUUUCUUUCACUAUUUCUUUUUUUGUUUAUACUUAUUUUUAAUACGUGAUCAUAGACGUUGUAUAUACUUUCAUUAUUUUUAUUUCAAAAUUACUAAGUGUCUCAAUUUUUAAUGUAAAAUCAAAUUACAAUUAUCUGUUUUAUAAUAAUUUAUAAAUAUAAAUAUAAUUGAAAUAAAUGUAAAUGUUAUAUUUUUUAUUUAUAAUUUAAUAUUGAAAUUUAAUUACAAUUACUAUUAUCUUAUUCCGAAUCGAAUUAAUAACAUUGAAAAAAUCUUGAUUUUCUUAAAAUAGAAGAAAAAAUAUUGAAUAUAUCUAUUUUUUUUUGCCUUGAUUAAAGAAUUCCUUUCAAUAAUUUACAUAAAAAAUAUAAAAGAAAGAAGAUAAAUUUAAAAAAAAAAUAUAAAUCUUUUUAAAGAUAAAAAUAUUAACAAAAUAAAAGUUUUUUUUCUUUAUCUAUCAUAAACACUAUGAAACUUACCAAUCACAUACAAGAAUAACAAUUAAAUUAUUAUAUCAACUAUUAUCUUCAACUAUUAUAAUUUGUGAUCAACUAAUAUGAUUAUAACAGUGUUAUAAAUAUAUACAAAAUGUCUAAAUAUGAAGAUUUAAUACAAGCUAUUGCAUGCUUGAGUAAAAAUAUAUAUAAUUUUCCAAUUGGAGCAGUCUCUAUAGAAGAUUUUAAACCAAUUGAAGAAAAAAUUAGAACUACUCGAGAGUCAUUGAAACAUUUAAAUGCCAAAUUAUUAUUACUUAAAGCACAGAAUGAAUACAAAAGAAAUGAAGAGUCGGAAGAUGAUACAGAAAAUAUAGUAACAAAUUUACAUGAAGCAACAGCAAAUUCUCUUAUAAAUAAUGCAGCAAUUAAAUUAUGUUUGCAUUCUUAUGGUAUACAAGCUAUUCUAACAGGUGAAGAAGGUGAUCAUGAUAUGCAAAAAAAAAUUUAUGCAUGUAUGUGUAAACUUUUUGUUUUGAAUGAUAAUAUUUUGUCUAUAGAAAAAGAAAUAGAAAAUGCAUUAAAAAAGCAAUUGGAAUUAAAAAUUCAAUGUCGAAAUGCACUAUUUGAAUAUAAAGAUUUUUUAAAGGAACAAGAAGAAUUACGCAACAAAAGAUUAGAAGAAACAAAUCCUCAACAUGCAAUUAACAAAGAAAGAAUAAAUAAAACAAUAGAAAAAAUUAAUAUGAUGAAAAAAUUAAUCGUAAAUUUUAUUGCUGCCUCAAGUCAUAUGUUAAAUGAACCAUUUUAUGUACAAAUGCUAGAAGAUCAUAGAGAAUUAGUUAAUUUUGAAACAAUUUUAAAAAUUUCUCAAAAUUCAGAAAUUACAAAUGAAAAUAACUAAGUAUAUAAAAGAAAACAUUAUAAAUGACAUUCUAUUCUUUAUUACUUUUGUACUUUAACUUGUACUAUGUUUUUAAUGGAACAAUUUUAUGUAAAUUUUAAAUAAAAUAUAUUACGUAAUCUUUUGAAAUAAUAA